UAGACUUCCUAUUGCAACCCUCAUAUUUCCUAUAGCAACAGUUAUACUACAACCGUUGAAUUUGAUUGAAUUUUCUAAUUCGAUCCUGUCGCGCGGCCAUUUUCCUUAAAGCGCGAAAAUUCCCUCUCCCCAAAAUUUCACCAAAAAUCUAAAACCCUUGUGGAUUCUUCUUCUUCCUCAGACCAAAAUACCCAAAUAUUUUGAACCUAAAAAAAAACUCGAUCUCCGUCUUCUCUAAUUCUCUGCUUCCCCAUAUCAUCUUCUUCAAUUCGUUUUUCCCAACUGCUCUAAAUUUUACGAGAAAAAGGAAAAAACACCCAAAAAAAAAAAAUCUUGAAAUUAACAGUCGUCGCCUCUUUCUCCACGGUCGUUGCUGCAAGUUCUAUGUUAAAGUGUCAAGUAUUCCUCUCACGAGGACUUCUCUUUCUCUCAGGUUUAUAGAAAUUCGCGUUUAAAUCCGAAUCUGUGAACGCUGCUGCUUAUAUAUUUUCAAGAAAACAUCUUUCUAUGUUCGUGUGACUGCUGAUAAUAAUGGAAGGUCACCUUCUUUACAGCUGCCACGUUUUACUGAGAUGGUUACCAAAAAUAUUGCACGCAAGGUCUGUGUGUUAACUGACUUUUAAAUUAUCUUCUUUAUUUUUGUUAAAAAAUGCAAAAUAUCAACAAUCAGUCAUGUUCACACACCUAUUCUGCUUACAUGAGUGUAUUAAAACUUGGUUUAUGUUGUUAAAGUACAUUGGAAUCCUUACAAGUUUUAUUGUUGAAUUGAAAACUGACCUGCAACAAAUCCGAAUUUAUGAAUUGAAAACUGGCCGGACAGGUCUGUAAACAGUAUGCACCCAAGGUUUUGGGGGGGGGGGGGGGGGUUAUGUGUGUGUGUGUGUGUGUGGAAAUAGGACUUGAGAUUUUUGAAUGACAACUAUGAACAAUAAAGACUCAGCCUUACUACUUGGGUCAAUACAGACUACGGACCUCAGAUUCCUGGAACUCAUAGCUUACCUAUCUAAAUUAAGGAAGACGGAGGAAGUAGCGUUUUAGAAGGUUGAUUAGCCACAAUUCACAUACAAACUAUAGCUGAAAUAAUGACAUCAGUGAGUAAAUUAAAAGAAAUUCUAGUAUGAUUUGGGGCAGAAGCAACUACCCUUUCUAAUCCUCUGGAUUAUUAUUUAAUCAAUCUUGGAUUAGUUGAAUAUUAAAGUAAUGAUGUAAGGAAUUCAGCAUGUAUUAUCAACUAGAAGAGUCUGGAAAAAUAACAGAUCUCAUAAUAACAGGUAUUUAUGUGUUUUGUAUUAGUUUCUUUUGUUGAUAAUCUACCUUAAAAGGACAGUUUCACAUUAAUUUACAAGGUGAAAGUUUUAGACUCUUGAAAAACCAUGAUACUUUGUCUGAACUACAGUCUGGCUUGAACAAAUAUUACAUGCGGUAAAAGUUCUAGACCUGACUGGUGAAACUGUCUAAGAUGUCGUUCAGCCUAUCCAGCAGAACAAUAGAUCUUUGGCUUUUGAGCAAAAAGCUUCCAUCAGCUAAUUUUAGUAGAUACCUCCUGCUGCUAAUUUCCUUUUUUAUUUAAUAAAAAUUAUCAACCUUCCAUUAAACCACUGUGUUGUGGUUACAUACAUGCUUGAACCCGAGGCAUGUAGUUACAGCUUGCCAUAUGAGAAACACCAAGAAAUAAAUAGAGUUCAUUCUAGUGAAUGAAACAUAAACUUGUUGGACAUAAACUUGUUUUGCAAUGAUUAAUGCCAUCCAGAAGUUAUUGCUGAACCUGCAAGAGAUGAUGAUGUUAAGGUUGCUAAUUCUACGAAGAUAUUUUUUUCCUUUUUGUUUCCUGCUGCAUGAAAUUGUUUCUUGCUUUAAUGAUUGAUCAAGUCACAUUUCUCUGCCUCUCCUAUUGGUAUAAUAAAUAGAGUUCAUUCUAGUGAAUGAAACAUGAAUGCUAAGUUUCGCCGGCUGAUUGCUGCUCAACUUACAGUAGUUUGUCCUGUAAAUAGCAUCUGACUUGUCAUUACUGUCAUGUUCAAAACAGAUGCAAUAUAUAUAUCUCUCACUAAUAGCUUUUGUUAGGAAAUUAAAGGUGCUGGAGCCUUUUCUGGAAAAGAUAGUGGUUUCUCUGCUCAAUGACCGCAUAGUUGUUUAACGCGAACCAAAGAGGCCUCUGCCUAGUGCGAUUAAGAAAAAAACUUCCAUGCACUUUCGGCUGAUUUGUCUUAUUGUCUCGUGACUCUCAUUAGCCAGUAAAAAUGAAGUAAAGCUGUGUGUUUGAUGACAGCAGCAGAAUUACCAAAUUGUACUAAUAAAGGUGGGACUUUGCCACAUUGGUAUAGGAAAAGCUUCAGUGCCUUUUUAGUAUCUGAAUACGCAUGCUGUCAAAUAAACUUGAAUUUCAGCCAGAAUAGUAUCCAUUCAAUAUUCUUAAUUCUUCUAUGCUAUUAUUUUCUCUCAUUAAUUGUAACAUUCACCUCAUUGCCGAAGGACCCUAUACAAUUAGGGAAUUGGUGGUUUGUGCAGGCAGUAGGGCCUGAUAAUGAAAUUGUUGAAGAAUUUACUCGAUUUUUGGGAACUAUGGCUAAAAAUUCUGAGUUAGCCCCUCUUAAUUUUGUUAAUUGGCCAAGUCUUCCCACACAUGAUAACAUAUGGGAAUAUGUCAAGGAGAAAUACAUGGUACCUGAAGAAGGAAGAAAGUGGGUAAUGGAAACUGUUAACUAUGCCUGGCCUUUCCAUAAAUGUAGAAUGAAACAGAAAUAUUACUAUGCAUUUGAUAUUGACGAAGAAAGAUUGUAAAACCAUCCGAAAACCAUUCCAAAAACACAUUUCGAAGAUCUCUUGAACUACUGGAAUUUAACGACAACUAAGGAAGAAAGUGAGACCAACAAAAGGAAUCGUCAAAUGCUCCAAGAUAUGCACACAAUAGGUCCAAAAUCAUAUGCCUUGUUACGUCAUAAAUUGCAACAAGAGGACCCGAAUAAGCAAGAACCUUCCCAAGCGAAGGUCUACAAAGCAUCCAGGUCAAGAAAUCCUAAGAAGACAUACAAAACAAGUUUCGAGAAAACGAAAGAUAAUAUUGUUCAAAUGGAGGCGUUAGUGUCUCAACAACAAGAAGUAGGACAGAAAAAUGCAGAUCCCUACUACGAAGUGAUAAAAAAAGCCGAGCACAUUGGACGUGUACGUCUUUUUGGGAAAGCUGUGACCAAGAGUGAUUUAAAGAAAAGAGGCAAAGCUUCGGGAUACACAAUUCCUGAAGAGUUCCUACAGAGCAUCCAAGCAAUGUUAAUUAAACAAUUUCAAGAAGCUAAUCCUGGAAUGAAUCUCGUGGUUCCUGGAUCCUCUACUGGAUCAAUUCCAAGGGAGUCAACUAGUGACAGGUCACAAGUUAACGAGGAGCGAAGUGGGGAACAGUCUUCUACUGGGACACAACUAGAAAAUCAGGUUGUUGAAGAACAAAUGAAUUAGAUAUGGAGGAAGUAUAACUUUUUUGGUGGUGCAUGUAUCUCAAUUUGUAAUUAGUUGGCCAUUUUGAUGUAUGUAUGUGUGAUCUUAGCUACGUAAGAAACUUGUAAUACGUUAUUAUUUUUUGUGAACGUGUGAUACGCUUUUAUCUUUUGGAAUACUUAUAUAAGUACUAGCAAAGUACUUAAUUAUAAUUAAAAUCAUUUGUAGAUAUUCAAGUGA